CUUUAAUCAAAUCGAGGUGGAAAUCGAUCCACAUCGAUUUUACCUCUGUGCGCGUAUAUAUUCAUAGUUCAGUGAAAUUAUAAGUACGUUGAUUAUGAAUAUUCGAUGAUUAUGUUUUUAUAUCAGAAGCAUGUGGAGAAAUUUUUGAUGACCACCAUCUUGUUUUACGCUUUUUUUUUGCUAUUUCAUGAUUUUAUUUUAUGAAAGGCAUUUCCAAUUUUCGGUUUGAUUUUAUCAAACUAUAUAAUGUAAUUCUAAUCUAGAAAAUCGUUGGUUCUCUUUUGAGGCAGACUGAGAUUGGAAAUGCCUUGGCCAUUAGGGCACGUUGCUAAUGCACACGGUUCUUUUUCAGAUUGGGGCCACCCCCUUUCUCUUUCCCUUUCACUUUGCCUAGCCUUGGCCAAUAUUUUCACCCAUGCAUGUACCUUGGCAGCGCCAUCGCCUUUAACUUCGUCUACAACUGGUUGUGAAGCCACUAUAUGGAGGUCACCCCUCAUAACUGGGACCUCUCCUUCAAACCCCUGGCCAUCCUGGCUUCAGUCGAGUCAAAAUGGACCAGCAAAAGAUAAGUCGAUAGCGUUAAAAACUUAUUUUGUUAUUUUUGUAAAAUUAUAAUGUAAUGAAAGUGCCUUUUUUUUGUUAAAUAAAAU